GGUUUAAUAACAAAGCAGUAAACUGAAUAGUUCACAGGUGUGCCGCAGAGUUACCGGAUAACACAAACUGUGAGCUAAUUAAGACUCAGCCUGACUUUAACCCCACAGUUUAAUGCUCUACACGCGUGUCUCACACUCGUGGGACAAGUUGUCUUUCAGUUUGUUUAUGUUUAAAGUCCAAACGGUGCGUUUGUUGUUGUUUUUUUAGUAGCUGUCGUGAAUUUUUCUGCUUUUGUUUUGAAACCGGACACCUGCCAUGAAUAUUAAAGAGGAGACGAUAGCCACUUUAAAGCAGUUUGACGCUGGGGACAAGUCCUCCUCUCUGUCGGUGCUUCCCAAAGCGUCGGUGCUGAUCCCGCUGUUUGUGAGGAGAGGACAGCUGUGCACCCUGAUGACCCUGCGCGCAAAACAGCUGAGGACCAGUGGCGGUGAGGUGUGUUUCCCGGGUGGGAAGAGAGACCUCAGUGACAGAGAUGAUGUGGACACAGCUCUGAGAGAGGCAGAGGAGGAGAUAGGUCUACCUCCUAAUGAUGUCCAGGUGGUCUGCAGACUGGUCCCUAUCAUCGCUAAGAAUAACCUGUUGGUGACCCCGGUGGUCGGCUUCAUCGAUGAAUCAUUUCGUCCCUCUCCGAACCCAUCUGAGGUUAGUGCCGUGUUCACAGUCCCUCUGGACUUCUUCACCUGUGACAAAGACCACUACGCUACCCAUGAUGCUGCUUGGAGGAAGGGGACAGAACACUCUUUUUAUUUUGUGGACCCUGAUUCAGGAAACCAGUAUCACAUAUGGGGCCUGACUGCCGUAAUUGCCAUACUAGUCGCUGCCCUCGCUCUGAGGAAAAAACCUGAAUUUGAUGUUGUUUUUGACCCCGAGGAUCCAUUAUCUGUCUUCCAAAAGAUUCUACAUAGAAGAAUUAGUAAACUAUGAGCGGCUGAUGAUGCCAGAAUGGUUAUACACCUGUAGUAUAUUAAUUUACAGCAUUAAUUGUGAGGAUAAAAGUAAAAUGUGUAACUUUACUUACAGGAAGGAUUUGUGUAAUAAGGUUAAUAUAAAAACCUCUCAGCUAUUUAAAAAAAAGAUAUAUAAUAAGUGCAUUUAAAACGAAUAGUGGGUAGAAAAUAAGCAGAUAAAGACGUUUAAAUUUUUAUUAAUUCAUUUAAUGUAGCAGCAGGAUUACAGAUAUAAACAGAAGAGUAUACAAAUGUCCAGACCAAGGCAAAGUACAUGUUAAUAAUAGUUCAGAUGUAUGAUAACACACUGGGGUUGACCUUUAUCCCAACUGCAGGGUCUUAAGGCUAGAUACUAAAGCUCAAGCUACACAGAACGGAUACAACAGAACUGUUGGAGAAUGUGAAAUAGAAAGCGAACUAGGAAAAAGUGAGCAAACUGAUAACACACAAGAUACAGCUCACACUAUUGGCAAUUAACAGUUAAUUUAUCAUGGUUGCUCCUUUUGAUCAAGCAUUUCACAGCAACAAUAGUAAUGUUGACAAGCACAUCAACACAAGAAAGCUCUCCAUAAAACAAUCUCCACGGUCUCGUCCCUUUUACCUCACAUGUACAAAUCUCAUGAGGCGUGAAAAACAUUUUCAACAUAAAGUAACAAACAAGUUGACAAUUCACCGGUGAAGCUGCACAGUAUUAUGUUGAAAGUACUCAGUCCUGCGAUGGAUUUCCAAAGAGAAAAUGCGGAAACUAAAAUAUAUCUGAAUGGGCUAUGGUUAUGCUUGUGUUUUGAAAUAAAAAUUCAAUCACUGAAAAGUGUCCUGAUGUUCAACAGUCCUAGAGAAUAAAAAGGACAAGGAGCCAAAUGGCAAUGACACAAAAGGGACACCAGUAAACACAGCAGAGUAACAGUUAAGUUAUCAAGGCACACAAAGUUCUGUUGAAAGCAUCACAAUUGAAAUUCAAGAUACCCCUGCAGUAUAUUUCACAUUUAAAUAUACAUGGAUAUUCAUUUACAUGACUGAAGGACAAAACUGAUAUUUUGUAAAGAUUUGUGUGCUAUCUUCACCACCGUUAAAUUCACGUUUCACGUGGGUUUUUUCAGGUGGAAGUGGCUAUUCGGAGAGUCAGACUGAGCAUCCCGGAUUGCUCAAAAUGAAAUGACUGGACGUGAAAUGCACGAAAUUACACCACAGUCCAAGACAAAACAAUCUGACAAAUGUACAGUGAUACAAAUGACAGUUGGUGCCACCCCACCCUCUCUGCCUCAAAAUAUAUGUUCUCUAAAACUGUAAUUGGUCCGAUGUUAGAUGUAGAGCAAGCUCUAUGUCCACACCAUGAGGUAAAAUUUACAUUCAUGAAACUGAAGUCACAGGUUGGCUUUCUGUGUUGGUAUGGCUUUAAGAGGCAUUACUGUUCCGCACUUCUUCCCGCAACGUCAUGUGCUCUUAAACUCCCCAAGAGGAAUGGAAUGCUUGGAAAACAUCACUACUGCGCUCUAACCUGAUCUACAGUCAAUGGAUGAGUCAAAGUGCCAUUUGAGAUGCAUGACAUAAAAUAAAAUAAGAAAAACAAAACACGCACACGCACACGCACACACACAAGAAAAACCUAGCCCAUGUAUUUUGUUAUACAGGUUGGGUAAAGUCAAUGUUAACAGUAGAAUUAAGCUCCAACAUAUCUGCUUGAUGUCCACUCGUUUUGCAGUCACACACUUCACAAUGAACCUGCGCUUCAUUUCAGGAAAACAUACCAGCAAUGAUAUUCUGUGCUAUGAGCAUAAACCAAAAAAAAAAAAAAAAAAAAAAAAAAAGUUUAGUUUUACAAAAAUACUCUACAUUUUUGAUACAUGGAUACAAAAUUCUAGAAAAGAUAAGUUACUUUAAAAUGGAUCACUAACAGCUGCAGGACAAAAUAGUAUGACUAUGAAAAUGUAAACAAAUGCAUAUGUGAGCAACACUAUUCUAACAUUUGAAUUAUUCUCAAAAAAUUGGCUUUUUGAUAGACGCCAAAUUGGCUACGGUUGUAGAUAUGGAAAGUACAGCAGUGUUAUUUUGCAUUUUAAAAAAAAAUAGAGCAAUGUAUCAAAUCGGUGGAAAUGUUAAUGAGAGGUUAAACUGAUCCAUGAAGCAAAGUACCUUUACAUAUCUUUUAUAAAUCUUGUACUGAAAACAACAUGCUGAAUUACUAUCCAUGUUAAGAGCUGCAUAAUUUAAACGAGUAAGUACAAAUGAGUAAACAUUAUGAGGGCAUUUGCAAAGACAAGUAUGAGACAAGAUGACGGCGAUUCACAACAGGAGCUUUGGUAUGCCUGGGUGCACUCCAGUCUGACCCCACAACAACAGCCAGCUCUCUAGACUCCGCUUCAAAACUAACAAUUAAUGUCAGUGCUAUUGAUAUAUGUAUAAACUUGUUAACAUCACAUCAGAAGUGCCCAUCACUCCUGCACAUAGCACCAUAGAUAGAAUCAAAAUGGCGGCCUCUAUGUAACAGAGAUUUCAUUUACCAGUGAGCCCCCUGUUCACAACACAAGGGACGGGUACUGGGUGCCAACUUCACAUGGCGCCGACCUGCACGCGGUACCAACACUGAGACAAAAACUUAAAUAUCUAACACAACACAAGGUAAAACAGUCUCAAGUGACAGAUUGAACAGUAAAUAGUACAAAUAGCAAUACGAUGAAAAAUCCUUCAUUUCAAUGCACAAACUAAAUGACUCUGUAUUUUAGGUGUUUUGUCAGUGAGUAAAACACAAAGGCCUGCUUACCACUCCAACACUGACAAACGACAAUGCUUUUGUGGGAAUGGCUGUUUUUGUUUUUUCGUUAGACAGACUUGACUGGACCACUGAGACUGAAUACAAAGAGGAAUUCAACAGUGAGUCGACAUUC